AUGCGCGUAGGUGUUACUACCGUAAUACCUUGGGCCUGUAUACGCGCGUCAACUAAGCCUCUCACCGAACGCGAUGCUGUCCAGCUGGAUCUCAUCUUCAUUUGUGCAACAAAACAACGUUCGGAGCGGCACGACAACGUAAUCAUGAAGUUGGUGACAGCGCCACUGAAUCCACAAACGAACACGGAUUCGAACUUUGAUUGUCCUUCGACGCGCCGAGGCAUUGCAUUCCUUGGACGUUACCACUUCUAACCGUCGGUAACCACAUCGAACCG